CACCCACCAAAAAAAAAAAAAUUGCAAUUGUAAACAAUCAACUCAUACAGAAAGAAAGGUUGCUAAAUCUAACCUCUUCUUGUCUCCAAAAAUUCAACUCACUGUGCAUUUCUUCCCCCACAAAAACACACCAAAUUUCAGAAACUUCAAAUCUUUCUUUCUUUCUUUCUCUCUCUCACUGACUAUACAGUUUGGAUGAGAAAGGAAUAGAAAAACAAUCCCAUCAACCAGGAAAAAAACUUAGUUGUUCUACCUUUUUUAGAAAAACCCCAAACCAAUAUCCUUUCAAACUCUUCUCAAUUCCAAAACAAAAUCUCUCCUUUGAAAAAAAAAAAAAAUCCCAAAUCCCACCAUUAGAGAGAAAGUCCAAGAAAGAUAACAGCCUUCUUGUGUAGUCUUCUCAAAUCUUGUUCCCUAUCUCAUCAAAAAUCCAUCUUUUUAUUUACCCUUUUCGUUUUUUUAAUUUGUUGCUUUCCUUGUUGGUUACAAUCCCAAUAUCCACAGGCCUAUAAGAAGGAGGAGGAAAACAAAUUGGAAGAAGAAGAAGAAACCCUAGAGAAGAACCUUUGAGUUUGAGCAGCUAGCGAAGAAACAGUCCUCUCUUCAACAAACAAAACCAAAAAAAGAAAAAAGAAAAAGAGAAAUUAGGGAUGGACUUCUCAAGUAGUAGCAGCCAUAACAUCAUCAUCAACAACAAUAACAACAGCAUCAACCACCACCAACAACAAGCUGCAACAACCUCCUCUUCCAGCAGUAGAUAUGAGAAUCAAAAACGUCGCGAUUGGAAAACUUUCGGUCAAUAUCUCAACAAUCAUCGACCCCCGCUUGCCCUCUCUCGAUGCAGUGGAGCUCAUGUCCUCGAAUUCCUCAGGUAUCUAGAUCAAUUUGGAAAGACGAAAGUGCACACGGCUAUUUGCCCUUUCUACGGGCUACCAAACCCUCCGGCGCCGUGCCCGUGUCCUCUAAGGCAGGCAUGGGGGAGCCUCGACGCGUUGGUUGGACGACUUCGAGCGGCUUUUGAAGAGAAUGGUGGGAAACCAGAAGCCAAUCCAUUUGGGGCUAGAGCUGUGAGAUUGUAUCUUCGUGAGGUUCGUGAUUUGCAAUCAAAAGCAAGAGGAAUUAGCUAUGAGAAGAAAAGAAAGCGCCCACCUUCUUCUCAAUUGCCUUUAACUCACCACACAUCUCAUGGUGAACCUUCAUGAUCAUCAUUACAAAAAAAAAAAAAAAAAAAAAGAGCAAAAUUUUCAAAAAGAAAAGAAAUUCCCCAAUUGGGUAUUGCUCUAAACCUUUUUUUAAAUCAUGGGUUUUGUUUAAAAUCUUUUAUUUUAUAUGUUUUUUUUUUUUUUACCUUGAAUAAGUUAAGGGUUUUCUCUCUCUCUACUUCUGCUAGGGUUUGGAAAAUUUGAAGCAAUUUUUAUUUUUUUUUUCCUCUUUUAUUUUUGGCUUUGAUGAAUAAAUUUUUCUGAAAAAGUUUCUAAGAAGACUGUGUAAAGGUGUAGAUCUCUGCUUUUGAUGCAAAUACUAGCAGUGUUACUAUUUGUAAAUUUGUACUCUCCAGUAAUAUUCAAUGUAAUAUGCUUAAAAUUAAA